GAAAAACUAUAGCCAUGGGAUCCCCAAAAUCUGAGAACAAAAAGAGAGUCCUUCCCUCAUGGAUGACAGCCCCUGAGGAUGAGCGGAGAGAGCUGUCAGCAAAGACACCCAAAAGGAAGAGGAGAGCGGCUGUGCAGGAGGGGGUAGCAACAAGGGCCCCUGCCACGAAGACUGUGUACUGCAUGAAUGAAGCUGAAAUGGUUGAUGUGGCCCUGGGGAUCCUGAUCGAGGGCCAAAAACAGGAAACGGCGUCUCUGGUGACCACUGAUAAACUGCAGCUCUCCCCUCCCUACUCGGCCUCAGCUCACACCAGUUCCCCUGGGAGCAGCAGCGAGGAGGAAGGGGGCAGCAGGAGCAGCUCGCCUGCUCUAGACCUGAGCCCUUCCCAGGGGUCAGAAGCCACCGACUCGCCCUGCAGCAGCAGCCCGAAGGAGGAAAAGGAGGAGGAAGAUGUGUUAAAGUAUGUUAGGGAGAUAUUUUUCAGUUGAUGUGAACUGUUCACUGGACUCUCUGAGAGGGGAGGGGUCUGUUGAGAACUCAGGAUACUGCCUACCUCUGUCACCCUUGAAAACCAGGCCUUGCUCCCAGCUUCCAGUCCCAGGAGGCUUUCGUUUGGGGGGGCCUUUUCUGAAUGGGGGGACAUAUUGCAGGAUGCACAAAUGCAUCCCAUUAGAGUCUCGACCUGCACUGCCCUCUAACUCAGAAGGUCUGGCAUCCCAGCCCUGGGUUUUAUUCAAGUACCAGCAAAAAUGAGGUCAGGGGCUCACUUGCUGGAAGCAAAUAAAGUUAUAGCUGCUGAGAACAUGGGCGUUCCAGAUAGGCAGCCAGAGCUCACCCUAAGGAGGAGGCCGCACACAGUCUCUCUCAUGACACAGUUCGGCAACCGACUUCCCUCUCCAGCCUCAAAUCCUGGCAGCUGCCCACCGUUCCCCGCCAGACUAACAGCAGGGCGUUCUCCCAGACUGGUGAGCCAAACAGGCCCUCUCUAC